AUGUCUUGUGAAGACGAACAUUAUCACGGACAUUCCCAUAAUCACAAUCAUAACCAUGAUGAUAACGAUCAUAUUGCCCCAAUUCCCACAUCAUCUUCACAAUCAUUAAAUUCCAAAAUUGACACCACUAAAGUUACGGCAUUAAAUCUUGCAAACCCCAGUGAUGAACUUGCCAAAUUAUUCAAAGAUUCAAAUACGAAAUAUCAAGUUAAACCAGUGAUUAAAUCUGAUUGUGAUGAACAAUUGAUUAUAAAUAUACCAUUUCUUAACGGUAGUGUGAAAUUAUAUUCUAUUAUUUUACGUACUAAUGGGGAUAUAUAUUGUCCUAGAACAAUUAAACUUUUUAAAAAUGAUAAAACUAUUGAUUUUGAUAAUGUUGAUCAAAAGAAACCAGUUCAGGUGAUAACACAUCCACAAAUUGGGGUAGCUAAUGAUGAUGAUUUACCAGAAAUUUUGCAAUCAGAUGAUGAUUUCGUGGAACAUUUUGUGUCGAGACAUAAAUUUACAGGAGUACAGACUUUAACUUUGUUUAUUGAGAAUAUCUAUGAUGAAGGUGAAGAAGAAUGUCAUUUACAUUCAAUUGAAUUAAGAGGUGAAUUUACUGAAUUGAAUAAAGAUCCAAUAAUUACAUUAUAUGAACUGGCUGCUAAUCCUGCCGAUCAUAAGAAUAUAACCGUUGUAGAACAACACUUGGCUUAA